CACCAGUCCACCGUCACUUUUGGGGCCACGAAUUGACUUAUGUAUGUAAUUGCCUGAACAAUACCAAGAGUUGGCGUCAAGACGAUACUUCUCAGAGCCUCACAGCUCACUUCCUGUCGCCAUACACUACACGCCAUAAUCAUCUAAUUCUCUGUCGAUCAAUUUCUAAUAUUCGUCACUCAGUUUUGGCGCAACCUUUCUUUCCUAUUCAUGACCCAAGCUUAGGGGCUACCUGCUGCCUCUAUCGUCUUCACAAUGCAGGCCUCUUCGGGAAUGCUAACCAAGUUCGAGUCCAAGUCCUCGAGAGCGAAAGGCAUUGCCUUUCACCCAAAGAGACCAUGGAUCCUCGUUUCGCUACACUCCUCCACGAUUCAAUUAUGGGACUACCGCAUGGGUACCCUCAUCGAUCGCUUCGAAGAACAUGACGGUCCCGUUCGAGGCGUCGAUUUCCACAAAACACAACCCCUGUUUGCCUCCGGAGGUGACGAUUAUAAGAUCAAGGUCUGGUCAUACCAAACAAGGCGCUGUCUGUUCACCUUGAACGGACAUCUAGACUACGUACGAACCGUCUUCUUCCACCACGAGCUUCCAUGGAUCAUAUCAGCUUCCGACGACCAGACGAUUCGGAUAUGGAACUGGCAAAAUCGGUCGCUAAUUUGCACGAUGACUGGCCAUAAUCACUAUGUUAUGUGCGCCCAGUUCCAUCCCAAGGAUGAUCUUGUAGUAUCCGCAUCCCUAGAUCAGUCCGUUCGCGUUUGGGAUAUCUCUGGCUUGCGAAAGAAGCACUCCGCCCCAACCUCCAUGUCGUUCGAGGACCAGGUUGCUCGAUCGAAUGCCCAGCAGACCGAUAUGUUUGGUAAUACCGAUGCAAUGGUAAAAUUCGUACUCGAAGGUCACGACCGCGGCGUCAACUGGGUUUCUUUCCAUCCCACGGCUCCCCACAUUGUCUCCGCCGGCGACGACCGCCUCAUAAAGCUAUGGCGAUUUAGCGAAACCAAGGCUUGGGAAGUGGACACCUGCCGUGGUCAUUUUCAGAACGCUUCUGGUUGCUUAUUCCAUCCUCAUCAAGACCUGAUCCUAUCGUGCGGCGAGGACAAGACAAUUCGAGUGUGGGAUUCGCAGAAGCGUACUGCUGUCCAGUCCUUUAAACGAGAAAAUGAUAGAUUCUGGGUUAUUGCGGCGCAUCCCGAAAUCAAUCUGUUUGCUGCUGGUCAUGAUAACGGUGUAAUGGUUUUUAAGCUAGAACGAGAGCGUCCAGCUUCGACUGUCCACCAAAACAAUCUUUUCUUCAUCACUAAAGAGAAGCACGUUCGCUCGUACGACUUCCAGAAGAACGCUGAAAGUCCGACUUUGUUGUCUCUGAAGCGACUCGGUAGUGCCUGGGUUCCUCCUCGGACGCUGUCAUACAACCCUGCUGAACGCUCUGUCCUUGUCACAUCGCCUGCUGACGGUGGCUCGUAUGAGCUAAUCAAUCUUCCGCGAGAUGGCUCUGGCGCUUUAGAUUCUACAGACUCAAAGCGCGGCCAAGGAAAUUCGGCGAUUUUUGUCGCCCGCAACCGUUUUGCUGUGCUUAAUACAUCUACUCAAACUGUCGACAUUAAGGAUCUCUCUAAUAACACCGCACGAUCCUUUAAGCCACCUAUUGGCACUACCGACAUUUACUUUGGUGGUACCGGAAAUCUCCUCAUUAUUACUCCUACAGCCGUUCACCUCUACGACAUUCAGCAAAAGAAGAGCAUUGCGGAGUUGGCAGUGAACGGAGUUAAAUACGUUGUCUGGUCUAAUGAUGGCCUUCAUGCGGCACUUCUGAGCAAACACAAUGUCACAAUUGUUACUAAAACGCUCGAACAGGUUAGCACACUUCAUGAGACUAUUCGGAUCAAGAGCGCAACUUGGGAUGAUGCGGGAGUUCUCCUUUACUCUACCCUAAAUCACGUCAAGUAUACCCUCAUGAAUGGCGACAACGGUAUCGUCAGAACUCUCGACCAGACAGUAUACCUUGUGAGAGUCAAAGGUCGAAACGUCUACUGCCUUGACCGUUCUGCCAAGCCUAAGAUUCUCCAUAUUGAUCCGACCGAAUAUCGCUUCAAGCUGUCCUUGGUCAAGCGUAACUACGAGGAAAUGCUUCAUAUUAUACGUACAUCCAGUUUGGUCGGCCAGUCCAUCAUCUCCUAUCUUCAGAAGAAAGGAUACCCAGAGAUUGCGUUGCAAUUUGUACAGGACCCGACAACUCGUUUCGAGCUCGCUAUAGAAUGUGGCAACCUCGAUGUGGCUGUAGAGAUGGCUAAGGAGCUGGAUCGACCCAAGCUUUGGAUACGAUUAGGAACCGAAGCCCUGGCGCAUGGAAACCACCAAGUUGUCGAAAUGGCCUACCAGAAGCUGAAGCAAUUCGAUAAGCUUUCAUUUUUGUACCUUGCAACCGGCGACCACUCAAAGUUAUCGAGAAUGGCUAAGAUUGCUGAACACCGAGGUGACUUCACAGCGAGAUUUCAGAAUGCGCUAUAUCUUGGCGAGGUUGAAGACAGGAUACAGAUGUUAAAGGAGAUUGACCUAUAUCCUUUGGCAUACAUGACUGCAAAGGCUCACGGCCUCGAGGAAGAAUGCCAAUCAAUCUUAGAGGCAACUGGCAUUACCGAGGACCAGUUGACAUUACCUACUUUUGGCGAGAGUCUCACCCCUCCGAAGCCGGUUGUGCCAACUUACAAGGCUAAUUGGCCUACGAAGGCGACUUCGCAAUCCUUCUUUGAGAAAGCCCUUGCCAGCCAACUAGAAGGCAUAACCCUUGAGGAUGAACCUUCAGCAGCCGCCAACGGAUUUGGUGAGGAGGCUGUGGAUGAGGAUGUAGCUGCGAAGCGAAAUGGUGGAUUGGAAGCUGAGGACGACGAAGACGCGGCUGGUUGGGAUAUGGGUGACGACAUUGCCCCUGAGGCCGAGAGUGACUUCGUCAAUGUCGAGAGCACUGACGCUGGAGGUGCCGGUAGUAGCGAGGCCGAUCUAUGGGCUCGCAACUCACCAUUAGCUGCGGACCAUGUCGCUGCAGGUUCCUUCGAGUCAGCUAUGAAUCUUCUUAAUCGGCAAGUCGGUGCUGUUAACUUUGCACCGCUCAAACCGCGUUUCCUUGAAAUUUAUUCGGCAUCAAAGACAUUCCUACCCGCCUCUGCUGGGCUACCCCCUCUAGUUAACUACGUACGCCGGACGUUGGACGAGACAGACCCUAGGAAAGUCCUACCUAUCAUCCCACGAGAUAUUGAACACCUCGCUACCAACGAUCUUCAUAAAGGAUAUGAUACCAUGAAGGCAAAUAAGUUGGACGAGGGUGUGCAGAUUUUCAAGGGUAUACUUCAUGCUAUGCUCGCAAACGCUGUUUCAAGCGAGACCGAGGUAGCAGAAGCGAAGAAGCUUAUUACUUCGGCAAGCGAAUACACCGUCGCUAUGUCGAUUGAGCUUGCACGAAGAAAACUAGGCUCUCCGGAUACCGUGAAUGGCAACCCUGCUCUUCUCAAGCGAAGUCUUGAGCUCUCAGCAUACUUCACUAUACCCAAGAUCGAGGUUCCCCAUCGACAGCUUGCCCUUCUAAACGCCAUGAAUCUGGCUUCCAGGAGUAAGAAUUACAGCUCUGCAUUGAGCUUUGCCAACCGCAUCCUGGCCAACGGCGGUGCCAACAGAAUUCUUGAAAACGCACGCAAGAUAAAAGCACAAUGCGAGCGCAACCCUCACGAUACGGUUGAGAUCGAAUACGAUCAAUUUGCCGAGUUUGAAAUCUGCGCAGCCAGUCAUACUCCUAUCUACAGCGGCACUCCUUACGAGGAGUGUGCGUUCGACGGGUCCAAGUAUCACUCUAAAUACAAGGGCACCGUCUGCGCAGUCUGCGAAGUGUGUGAAAUCGGAAAGCAUGGAAGCGGGCUCAAGCUGUUUGUUUAGAUGGUUGUUAUUCUUGAAAGGCCAACUACUGAGUAAUGUUACACGGUGGGUUUGGCUUGUGGGUUGAGAGAAAAAGGCAUUAUUGCUGGACGGAGGGGGAUAGGGGCUAAAAAGAUCACAUUAGAAGCCUGGGAUGAGGUAGUCGUCUAAACCAAACGAGUCCAUGUCGUUGAUGCAAAUAGGUAGUAGUUGUGUUUGGAACAAAAAUCAUGAAGUUUCUCAAUUACGAGUUUCGAAUAUUCAUCGCG